AUGUCCCAGCCACAGCUGCUCAACCUCCUACACCUCGUGCUUCAGGUGAUCCUGUCCAGCUCCAGCAGCUUUCUUGCUGGGAAGAAGGAGAUUGCAAUCGAUGGGGAUCUGGUGAUCGGUGGCUUGUUCCCAGUCCACGAGAAAGGCAAUGGUUUGGAAGACUGCGGAAGGAUCAAUGAGCAGCGGGGCAUUGAGAGGCUCGAGGCCAUGCUCUUUGCCCUGGAUGCAAUAAACAAGGACCCCAGCAUUUUGCCUGGGAUCAAGCUGGGAGCCCACAUCCUGGACACCUGCUCCAAGGACACCUAUGCGCUGGAGCAGUCUCUGGAGUUUGUCAGAUCGUCACUGGCUAAAGUCGACGAGACCAAAUAUAUCUGUCCAGAUGGAUCUUUCGCCAUCCAUGAUGACAAGGCGUUUGCCAUCGCUGGGGUCAUCGGGGGCUCGUACAGUGACGUGUCCAUCCAGGUCGCCAACCUGCUGCGCUUGUUUCAGAUUCCCCAGAUCAGCUACGCCUCCACCAGUGCCAAACUGAGCGAUAAGUCCCGCUACGAUUAUUUUGCACGGACUGUGCCGCCCGAUUUCUACCAAGCGAAGGCCAUGUCGGACAUCCUGCGCUUUUUCAACUGGACGUACGUGUCCACGGUGGCAUCGGAGGGCGACUAUGGCGAGACGGGCAUCGAGGUGUUUGAGCAGGAGGCCCGUGCCAGGAACAUCUGCAUCGCCACCUCGGAGAAGGUGGGCCGCUCCAUGAGCCAGAAGAGCUACGACGGGGUCAUCAAGGCCCUGGCGCAGAAGCCCAGCGCCCAGGUGGUGGUCCUGUUCACCAAGAGCGAGGAUGCCCGUGAGUUGCUGGCCGCGGCCCACCGGCUCAAUGCCUCCUUCACCUGGGUGGCCAGCGACGGCUGGGGUGCCCUGGAGAAUGUGGUGCGGGGCAACGAGCUGGCGGCAAGGGGGGCCAUCACCAUCGAGCUGGCCGCCCGCUCCAUCGCGGAGUUCGCCGCCUACUUCGUCAAUCUCCACCCGGCCAACAACCGCAGGAACGCUUGGUUCCGGGAGUUCUGGCAGCAGAGGUUCAACUGCAGCUUCCGCGAGAGGGCCUGUGCCAGCAACACACUCAGGAAGGAGAGGUACCAGCCCGAGUCCAAGAUCAUGUUCGUACUCAAUGCUGUCUACGCCAUGGCCCAUGCUCUCCACAACAUGCAGCAGGCACUCUGCCCCAACACCACCAGUCUCUGCGACAACAUGAGGCCCCUCAAUGGCAAGAAGUUUUACAAGGAUUACAUCGUGAAGGUUCACUUUGACGCCCCUUUCCGCUCGGAUGACACGGACAGUGAAAUCCGGUUCGAUCGACACGGGGACGGAAUCGGCCGGUACAACAUCUUCAACUUCCAGGCGAGGGCUGGGAGGUACGGCUAUCAGAGGGUUGGCUACUGGGGGGAGAGCCUCACCCUCAACACCAGCUUGAUCGCCUGGCCCAGGGCGUCCAUUCCGACAUCACAGUGCAGCGAUCCCUGUGCCAAGAAUGAAGCCAAGAGCAUGCAGCGUGGAGAUGUUUGCUGCUGGCUCUGUAUCCCUUGCCAUCCUUAUGAGUUCCUGUACGAUGAGUUCACCUGCAUGGACUGUGGGCCGGGACGGUGGCCCACCGCAGAUCUCAGCUCAUGCUACGACCUUCCAGAAGAGUAUAUCAAGUGGGAGGAUGCUUGGGCCAUUGGGCCUAUCACCAUUUCUUGCCUGGGCUUCAUCUGCACCCUCUGCGUGUUCGGGAUCUUUGUGAAGAACAACAACACACCAGUGGUGAAGGCCUCGGGGAGGGAGCUCUGCUACAUCCUCCUCGUCGGGGUCCUCAUGUCGUACAGCAUGACCUUGAUCUUCAUCGCCAAGCCCUCAACAGCGGUCUGCACCCUGCGCCGCCUCGGGCUGGGGUCCUCCUUCGCCGUCUGCUACUCGGCCCUUCUCACCAAGACCAACCGCAUCGCGCGGAUCUUCAACGGCGUGAAGGACGGCGCCCAGAGGCCGCGCUGCAUCAGCCCAGCCUCCCAGGUGGGGAUCUGCCUGGCGCUGAUCUCUUGCCAGUUGAUCGUCGUCACAGUAUGGCUGGUGGUGGAGACGCCUGGCACCAGGAAGGAGACCACGCCCGAGAAGAGGGAUACGGUCACCCUCAAGUGCAACACUAAGGAGUCCAGCAUGCUCACCUCCCUGACCUACACUGUGGUGCUCAUCGUGCUCUGCACAGUGUAUGCCUUCAAAACAAGGAAGUGCCCUGAGAAUUUCAAUGAAGCCAAGUUCAUUGGUUUCACCAUGUACACCACAUGCAUCAUCUGGCUCGCCUUCCUGCCUAUCUUCUACGUCACCUCCAGUGACUACAGGGUCCAGACCACCACCAUGUGUAUCUCUGUCAGCCUGAGCGGUUCGGUUGUCUUGGGAUGUCUGUUCGCCCCGAAAGUCCACAUCAUCCUCUUCCAGCCUCAGAAAAAUGUGGUGACCCAUCGCGUGACCACCAGCCGCUUCAGUGUGACUUGCUCGGGGACCACCCACUCUCACGUUUCCGCUGCGCACCAUGUGCCGACUGUAUGCAACGGGCGAGAAAUAGUGGACUCCACAACUUCAUCGUUAUGA